GGCCCCUCUCUCUCAUGCACCAACCUCUCAUCAACCCCCUCAGUUUCUUCCAAUUUGCUACUUCGUUUAGAGGAGCCAGCGCGGCGGUACCAUGCGGCGAAGCAGAAGUGCGUCGAAAGAUGAGAAGAGUUGGAAGAGAAAUCAGACGCGUGCCCCGUUCUAGCUGGAAGAAAUGUCAACGUGGAUGCGGCACCGAGUGACACAUUUCGAUGCAUGAAAUAAGGCGGUGUUGAUCGACUUUAUAAGGCAUGAUAUGCUAUAGUUGAAGCUGAAACUCUUCCUUCUUUAUCAAACAGAGAACAGAUAAUCUAUCUCUGAUUUUGGACUAGAUUUUUGAGCAAUCUGAUACCUUUCUUGUUUGUGGAGAAAACCAACUAUGUCGACGUGGAUGGUGUACGAAGUGACACAUUUUGUUGAAUGAAGAAAUGCUACUCCUGAAGCUAACACUCUUCCUUCUUUAUCAAACAAAGAACAAAUAAUUUGUCCGUGCUUUCAGAAAUACUUUUUUGAGCAAUCUGAUACCUUUCUUGUUCGUGGGGAGAAGCAACUAUGUUUGGUUCACAUAUCUCCACUUUCAAAUAUCAGAAGCCGGCUCAAAUCUCUUCUAUCCUCUCUGGUUCAAGUUUAUAUAGAUAGCUUUAUACUGCUAAAAUCGCAACCAAUUCUUCUUUCUGUGCCUCAUCAGUUUCAACAGCCAACUCAAAUCUUUCUAUCUGGUUCCAAACAACAGUCUUAAUCAAGUAGAGAUGGCUACAAGCUAUGCAAAUGUCAUUCUAUGCUCCAUUCUACUCAUCACAGUUUCAGCCAACUCAAAUAAUCAGGGUUAUGCAAGCUUCCUUCAGUGCCUCUCCCUUCGCAUUCCACCGUCCACCAACAUCUCCCAGAUCCUCCACACUCCAGAUACCACCUCCUACUCCUCCCUCUAUCUAUCCUCCAUUAGAAACCUGAGGUUUGUAACCCCGGAAACCCGCAAGCCCCUACUUAUCAUCACGCCCAUUGACGAAUCCCACGUCCAAGCAUCAGUCGUCUGCUGUAAGGAACACAGCUUCCAGAUUAGAGUUCGAAGCGGCGGUCAUGACUACGAGGGCCUCUCCUAUCGAAUAGAAAACGAGAGCCCGUUUGUUAUCAUCGAUCUCGUCAACCUUCGGUCCGUGGCUGUUGACCCGAAACAGGGCACAGCUUGGGUCCAGGCCGGUGCUACUCUAGGUGAAUUGUACUUCAGAAUCGCAGAGGAGAGUGAAUCCUAUGGUUUCCCAGCUGGUGUUUGUCCCACCGUCGGUGUUGGUGGCCACAUAAGUAGUGGCGGUUUUGGGACGAUGUUGAGGAAAUAUGGCCUUGCGAUCGACAAUGUCUUGGAUGCUAGACUCGUUGACGUCAACGGACGAGUUGUAGACAAAGAAUCCAUGGGUGAGGAUCUUUUUUGGGCCAUACGAGGAGGAGGAGGAGCAAGUUUUGGCAUCAUAGUUUCAUGGAAGCUCAAGCUGGUUCUUGUCCCUCCCACUGUCACUGCCUUUACCAUCCGGAGGGCUUCUAGCGAGGGAGCAGUUGAGCUUGUCGACAAAUGGCAGCAGAUAGCACCUGGACUCCAAGAAGACCUGUUCAUCCGAGCCGUCGUACAGGCACAAGGUGGGAAUAGUGAAAAGAGGGAAGUGGAGGCGUUGUUCAACUCCUUGUUCCUUGGGAGGUGCGGGGAGCUGCUCCAAUUGAUGACCCAGACCUUUCCAGAGCUAAAUUUGAAGAGCAGUGACUGCAAGGAGAUGAAUUGGAUACGCUCAGUUCUAUAUUUUGCUCACGGUACCGAUGAGAAGGCCGUGGAGACUCUCUUGGAUAGAGGUUCCAAGCCAGAGAAGUCCUUCAAGGCCAAGUCUGACUUUGUGAAUGAACCCAUACCAAGACUCCUAUGGGAAAGGAUUUGGGAGUGGUUUCUUGAGGAUGGAGCAGGGAUGAUGAUCAUGGAUCCAUAUGGUGGAAAAAUAAGUAGCAUCUCGGACUCAGCUACUCCAUUUCCACACAGGCAGGGGAUUCUAUAUAACAUCCAGUAUUAUUGCAAGUGGUGGGAGAGCGAAGCAACCUCAUCUGAGAAAUACAUGGGUUGGAUUAGGAAAUUAUAUGGGGAGAUGAGUCCUUAUGUUUCCCAGAACCCAAGGGCUGCAUAUCUCGGCUACCGGGACCUUGACCUGGGAAAGAAUGAUGAGGAAGGUUCCAAGACACGCUACUCCAAGGCUGUGGUCUGGGGCAGGAUGUACUUUAAGGAUAACUUUGAGAGAUUAGCAAUUGUCAAGGGCACAGUAGAUCCUAGUGAUUUCUUUAGAAAUGAGCAGAGUAUUCCUCCUCUGGAAUCGAGGAGUUCAGGGUGGCGGUUUAGAGAAGUCGAUUCCAGAGCCCAUGUUACCGUUUGUGUUGUAGGAAUCUUUUUAAUUCUGAGAUGAUACAGACUCUUAAGAAUGCCUGAUUUGCUCUUCAAAAGAUGACAAUUUUUUUCUUUUUAUUUUUGUUUUUGGCUUAUACAUACAUAAAAGAUUGCUAUCUUUUUUGCUUUCUCAUGAUUUGUUUGGUUAUAAUUGACACUUGUAGUUUUGAUUUGUAACUCAUCCUCUCUGUAAUUACUAAUUUUUUUAUAAAAUCUUGGGUGGCUUUUGCUC